AUGAAACUUCCAAAGAAGCAGUUUAACGUGCUGGACCUCCCAAUAUGGAUCGUGCGUACAGAUCUGGCGAAGGACGAUAAGCCUGGAAAUGAGAUGAGGCUGCUAAUGGCUGAUUGGCUGCUUAGACGAGGUGGUAUCGACGAACGUACGAGAGGGAUUUCACCCAUUCUGGCAGGGAAUAAGCCCUUAGAUGCGCCAAUGAGCCCAGCUCAGAAACAAAACGUAUCUAAUCUGCCACGCUAUACUCGUGCUCCGAAAGGGGAGCAAGUGGAAAAGUUGGCUAAGAUGGAGCAGUUUCUCGAAAAGCUGAGCUCCACAGAGCGUAUGAGCUCUGCCGAAUCUAUGGAACAGGUGCCACUUGUGACCAUCGUUCGUUCAGCAGGAAGAGGUUCUGCGGUGCACAUACCUUUGGAGCCUGAAGUAAAGAUAAGGUUUUCCUAAUU